GUUGGCGGAGAGGAGGGCUAGACGCUAGUCAGGUGUUGGUGAGCUGGAAUAUUUGGUUGGUUGAAGCUCAACAAAUCGCUUCAAAUAAUUUCAGCUACAGGUCACCGAUUUGUUAUUAAACGGUCCAAUCGCCGAGCAUGGCAGCCUCCGCCAACAUUAGCACCACGACAAACGCCAGCCAACAACUUCAGCAGCAGCAGCAACAACAACAGAAUCACGCUACCACUCAACUUAAAGACUUUUGGCCCAAUGUGACAAAUUCCAUUCGAAAUCUCUCUCAUAACGAUCUGCGGACACAAGAGUUGCCCUUGGCCAGAAUAAAGAAAAUUAUGAAACUGGAUGACGACGUCAAAAUGAUAAGCGCAGAAGCUCCAGUGCUAUUUGCAAAAGCAGCAGAAAUAUUUAUUCACGAGCUAACUCUCAGAGCAUGGAUUCACACCGAGGACAACAAGCGCAGGACGCUUCAGCGAAAUGACAUUGCAAUGGCUAUUUCAAAAUAUGACCAGUUCGACUUUCUCAUCGACAUAGUUCCACGAGACGAAAUUAAGCCGACCAAAAAAGAAGAGAAGACUACAACAACGGUACUUGGUCCAGAGCAGGUACAAUAUUAUCUCCAACUUGCGCAACAGCACCAACAGGCAUUGCAACAUGGUAACACUGGAGGAGGUGUCCAGAUAUUACAACAAACAAUGCCUUCCGGUGUUCAAACUAUCCAAUUAGUACAAUCUAGUAGUGGUACACAAGCUGUUGUACAGCAAGCCCCACAAAUUAUGCAAUCUCCAAUGGGACAACAGACAGUUUUACAAAUUGGUGGAACUCAGUACCAACAACCUCAGCAAACCGGGUUACAAAUUGUACAGCAAGUGGUGGGACCGGAUGGACAGAUUCAACAAAUUCCAAUUCAAUUGUCGGCAAACCAGCUACAAAUGCUUCGAAUGCAGUUGCAAGGGGGUCAAGGCACACCACAAACACAGACUCCCAUAAUCAUACAGACUGGCCCAGUUCAACAACAAGCAGCGUCUCCCCAAACUGCCACUGUGAUGACGACUCAAAAUGGCACACAAAUCAUUCAAAGUUCGUAACCUAAUAUUCCCAAACACUUUGCCGGAAUUACCAUGUAAUUUUAAUCUUAUGUAAUGAUGGAUUAUAGAUUCAAUAGAUAAUUCAAUAAGAAAAGACUAAUUAGCAUUUUAAUAUUUACUUGCAUGAUACGAUAUGAUUUCCGCUCUGAGAGACUAAGUUAAUUGAGGUUUUGGUUAUAAAAAUUGUGUAACUCUAUUAUGAUUUCCAUAAUUGAUUUUAAAACAUUACCUUGUUUGUGUUAUGUAUACACAAAUUAGAUAUAUAGUAUAUCUGCUAUUAUUUUAUGACAAAUGGAAUUUAAUAUAUGGUUUGAAACCCCUAAUGUUUUAUGAAUAAACUAAAAUGAAUGCAUACUCUU